AUUUUCCUCGCAUUACUAUCUUCUCAAUUCCAAUACUUGAAAAUGCUGACGGAAUUCUCCAUUGUUUUGAGGCAGUGAAAUAUUUUUCUUACUGGUCGCCUCUGCAGUUUGUCCGCCUUUCUCGAGAUCCGAAGACACUUCCUUUUUCCACCUAAUUGGCUGACUCCUAUGCUAAUUCAGCCAGUUAGGGAUUUGUCUAUUGUUCUCGUUGCACUCCGUACUCCCUGCACUCUUAGCGUGCUUCUUACAGAUCGCAGUACGACUUGGUGGAGAAACUUGUUUCUGUACAUUUGAUGACGCAGAAGAACUUCUUUCUGGCCAGAACCACUUGAUGCGAUCUAUCUUUAAUCACCAGAUUUUUGACAGGUGGGCCCUUUAGAAACUCGAGAUUUAUUACACUCGCAAAUGCUAUUGAGGCUGAUGAAAAAACUUGAAUGGAAAAAUACAUAGACGUGAAACCAACCAAAGCGACGGAUAGAAAACUGAAAAAAUUUUCUCGCAGGCGCGAGUCUCAUAAAUCUUGACACAAAAAAGUUUGGUUUUUACUUACUCUUGCCGUCGGCCACCACACCAUGGGUCCAGAUAUUGCUCUAUUCAUAUUUUCAAUUUUUGUUACAUUUUAAUGAAGCAUCACACGACUUAUAUCUACAUAACAGUAUUUUCUUAUAUGUUUAUAUACACACGAAACAAAUUAACAAAGCUUCGUACAAAAAGAUGGAUCAUCCUGUAUAUAUGACGAUAGCUUCAUAUACAAACUAUUUUUCAAAAUGUUACCCACGCACGAACUUAAAUAGAAAUUUGUUUCACUGAAGUUUCUAACGACUACUUUAUAUUAGGUAUUUUAUUUCUGCAUAAUAUAUGAAUUAUACGCACUUUUCCAUAAAUGUCGCAUCAAUGCAUCAAAAAUCGCAACCUACUCAUAUCGUUUUAUCAUCUUCGGUAACAAACUAUUAAUGCUGAUAAAAUUUGACAUCUUUUCAGAAGAUAUGAAUGUACUUAUUUCUAGGAAUGGUCCGAUCAUGAUGUUCGAAGCCUCACCUCUUAUUUCGUAAUAUGCGCAUCACUCACUUUCAAUACAUUUGUACUAUGUUAUAUCGGCGAAUUACUAAUAGAACAGGUACCAGAGACACGUUAACGCGAAGAUAUCUAGCGAUCAAUACGGAGGAAUCCACGACUAAUCGAAUGAAUUGUUGACAGUGCAUGAAAUUCGGUGAGAGUUUAUAUGACAAAUUGGUAUUUCUUACCUAGAAAAAGGAUCCUCGAGUUGAUUUAGAAAAUCUCACGAUCGAGUGUGGUCAUUCAAUCAUCGCAGCAAAAUUAAUUCACAUGUCCAUACACACGUUCGCUGAUAUAAGUCAGAUCAUAAUCUGUUAUCUACGUAUAUGCAUUUUUCUUUCCAAACUAUAAUAUUUGCUAUUCCAGGUGAUGAGAUUGGCAUUUGCGUAUCUUAAUAUACUGUGUCAAAUGACAUAACUAAAUUCAUUUCUUAUGAAUUUCUUACUUAUAUAAUUUUGCAGAUAAAAUCGUAGAAAUUGAAAUAUAAAGAAUGAUAACAUACUUUAAUGUCUUAUAAUUCUAUCAAUAUGUAUAUUCUUCUUAAAUUUUAUUCUUUCUUUGAGAUUUUUCAUUGGUAUUAUAAUUAUUGAUAAUAUUUUCUUCGUAUCAAAUGAAACAAUGUCAGACGAUAUUCGUUCGACAAUAUCAAGUCAAAUCUUCGGGAUGGCAUUACAAAGCAACGACAUUAAAGCACUGACGAAUCCGACUAUAAGCUUUUGUGACAUAACGCAAAUCCAUUAAAAAAAGUUUGAGUAUACAGUGAAGAUGCACUUAGCGUGCACGCGAUUCCGAGAAAUAAUUUCCAAGUUUAUUCUACUAUUCUGAAACAACUCCAACAGACUAGAAUCGAUCAGCGAAUAAGUACCUAAAAAACUUGCGCCGCAGUCCCCACGCACUGUCUUUUGAUGCAUUAAUAGUCAGUUCGAUCGUAAUGACGACUACAGUUCACGAUGACGAAUCAGUCCGUGACAAUAGGAGCAAACCCUAAGACCAACAGUGACUACGGUCUUCAAUUGAAUCGAUGGUUCCUAAAACCAAUCGGUGUAUGGCCAUCGUCUCCCUCUACUACGAGAUUCGAGAAGAUAGUUUCGAUUACAUUAAACGUCAUUUGCUGCACUUCGAUAAUACUCACUACGGUUCCUUGUUUGAUGCGCAUGUUUCUAGAAGACGAGAGUAUUUAUUUGAAACUGAAGUCGCUAGGUCCCGUGAGUCAUUGGGUCGUCAGUGGUGCGAAUUACACUACUUUACUACUGCGGAGCAAAGAUAUACGUCAGUGCAUGGAACACAUGGAAGCUGACUGGCAAACAGCGACCAGAGAGAAGGAUCAAUGGGUGAUGCUAAAGAACGCGAAAUUCGGUCGCUAUGUAGCAGCUUCGUGCGCUAUUUUUAUGCAGAGUGGCGUUAUGUGCUUUAUUUUCGUCGGAAACGAGACGAGGAUUUUACACGUGCUACCUUGUGCAGUAUACAAGAAGCUGAUAAACGUCGAUGAAAGUCCAACGAACGAAAUCGUGCUCUUCUUGCAAGCGUGGUGUACUAUUAUUGCGAACUCCAGUACAGUUGGAAUGUUCAGUCUUGCAGCUGUUAUGGCUGCUCAUGCAUGCGGUCAGCUGAAUGUAGUUAUGGUAUGGAUCACUGAAUUCGUGAACGAACCGAAGAAGGCAGAUGGUCCUAAGGGCAUAGGAGUUAUCGUAGAACGACAUUUGAGGACGCUGAAUUUCAUUGGAUACAUCGAGAAGUUGAUGAACCGAGUAUAUUUUUUCGAGAUAUUUAGAUGCACGAUGAACAUAUGCAUACUGGGUUACUACAUUCUUUCGGAAUGGGCUGAUCAAAACGUUAAAAGUCUGGUUACGUAUAUCAUGAUAUACAUUUCAAUCGGUUUCAACGUUUUUCUAAUAUGUUACAUAGGUGAAAUAUUGACAGAACAGAGUAAGAAGGUUGGUGAAGUAGUUUAUAUGACAAACUGGUAUUACUUACCCGAUAAAACAAUCCUCGACUUGAUUUUGAUCAUCGCGCGAUCUGGUGUGGUCGUUCAAAUCACUGCUGGAAAGAUGGUUCACAUGUCCGUCUACACAUUCGGUGAUGUGGUAAAGACCGGUUUCGCGUAUUUGAAUCUCUUACGACAAAUAACAUGAUUAAAUAUACUACUAAUUAAUUUUUUAAUUAUGUAACUUUUUGUACACGAUAUUAUAAAAUUUAGAAUACAAAUAAUAGCAACA